AUCUUUGGGCAGGAUUGCCAAUUAAAGACGGCAGUCAGUUACGAAGCAACGGUAAAUGUGGCCUGGGUUUGAGAAAAGGGGCAUAAUCCUCAUGAAGUAAGAUGGUGGAAUCUGAUGCAAUUACUUCAGAAUCAGAAAAAGACGUGAAUGACAACAAUACGGUAAAAUUAAGCAAUAUAAUAGAGUAGACUGUGGAGCAGACGAGUUUGCACUCGGCGACGUAUUCAAAGAGGUUUGGAUAUGAACCAAACUUUUUCACACUGCAUUUAAAAUACCAAUAUGUAUGACAAAGAAAAAAAAUAGGAAACGUCAGAAUAGAUCGCAGCAUAAUUUAACUGUAAAUAAAUAAAGUAAAAAAGGGUCUAUUGAUUAAGUUGGAGUCAAAAACAUGCAUUAUACAAAUCAGCAGUGGUUCACACCAGCAGAAGUGGCUAUCCACAAUAAACCUUCGGAUUGUUGGAUAACCCUCAACGGGCUGGUGUACGACCUUACCAAGUGGCUGAAUGUCCAGUUCAAGAUAUGCAAGUGCCCACACACAUGCUCCUGUGCUGUUAAAACUUGGUUUUGUAACAACUGUGUGGAGUACUGUCCGUGCUUUAAACAUGGCUACUUCUAUUGCGACGGGAAAAGGUUGGCUAUGUCCAUCGUAGCUUAUGCUGGGAAGGACGUGAGCCACUGGUUCAGGAACGGCGAGUGGAGAUAUUACAUCCACCCUAUCAUUGGGUCACGUACCACCUUAAGGGUCCACGGCCAUGGCUUCAGCAGGCCAGUCGUGCCAUCCACCCGUUGGCGACCCAUGGAGACGGCUUGGUGGAAUACCGAAACUUACGUCGUUGGGAAAGCAACGGAAAAAACAAGACCCAUCAGAAUCACGAAUACGUUAACAGGUAACACAGUGACUCUAGAAGUUUGUUCAGAAGAGACAAUUUACGAGAUUAUGAUGCGGUACUACCCACACAACAAUCACCUCUGGUCGUACUCAUGGCGGUACCUGGGUAAACCCCUGAACUUAAGCAAGAACUUGGAUGAUAACGGCAUACCUGACGAACGAGACCGGUUCAGCGAUGUGGCGUUGCCAGAUAACAUACACAUACCUGCCAUAUUACUGUAUUAUAAUGAUGACUUGACUGAAGACCCUCCAAUGGAUGACUGUCAGUGCCCGAGAAUAAUUUGUGGCUCUAAAGGAGUAGAGAGAUGCCAGGCAGAGAAAGAGAAAAUUGUUAAGUAGUAAAACCUUCGCUAUCAAUAAUAAAAACUUCUGAACAAAAGAUAAAAAUAAAUAAAUAUUGAAAGCUUGUUUAUCACAAAGUUUUUUAGAUUUUUUAUGUACCUAGUACAUCUAGAUUGGUGACUUGGGUCUUUGUGUUUCCGUUUAUCCAUAAGGGAUCAGUAUUUUCUGGUAGAUGACGUCUGCGUGAGUUUUUACUGAGUUGCAGUCGUCACGUUGUACGGAUUCCGAUUUUGCAAGUUAAAUUGACUCACAUUACACCCCUGAACUUGAGCUGAUACUUUGUUCAGAAGCAGCAAUCUGUCUAUUUUUAUUUUUGUACACUAUACGUUUUGUAUUGGUGCUACAUCCAUCAAUACGUCCAUCAAUGUGCGAAUUCUUGUAUCCUUAAACCUAGUCUUCGCAUUCAAUUGACCGGAUUAUUAAUUCGAUACAUUUAAUGUCUGUUAGUUCAUUUGAGAUUCACGCUUGCUAAUUUAUUAGUUCUGGUGUUUUUAAUUUAGUUUAUUAUCUUCUCAUGACGUUUUGUCUUUAGUUUUCAAUGAAAUGCGUAUUCCUAAAUAUUUUUUAACGUUUUUUUAUAGUAAGGUUUUGUCACGCGUAUUUAUC